AUGAAAACGAGCACCAGAGGCCCAAUCGAAUCAUAUUUCGAUAAUCCCUUCACAGCUCGACUUACCAGUAUCAUGAAUGCGGAUAUCAUACAUCUCGUGCGUGUCCCCUAUCCCCUGGACGAAAUUAUCACCAUGGGGAUAAAACCCGGCCAAACCAUUACGAAAAGAGUUGGCAGGGCUAUAAAGUCAGAAAAUAUUUUCCUGAUUGAUAUCAAACGCCCUUUACAUCGCACGAGCGCCCGUCUAGCUGUGUGGAGGUUUGACGACUGGUUUGCGCCACCUGGCCGAGUCUUUCUUGUCGACUACGGCUUGAAGCGAAUAAGGCCUAUAGAGCCUGGGGCUAGUGUACCUGAUGUUAUAUUCGAGAAAAACGGGAGGAGGUUUGUCAAGGUUCGCAUGGAUGGUGUCGGGUGGGAGAAUGACGUUCCGGGACAAAGAAACCAGCAUGUGCGCUAUUUCAUUCCGGACGGGUAUCGUACUAGAUUCCACAUUGCUGCCUGCGAGUAUGUAUAG